AUGGCGCACGGCCUGGACUCUCGGCCGACGGUGGAGGACUUUCGCGAAGACAGUGCUUGGGUGCAGCUGGCAAAAACCCACUGGCUGAAGACAUCCAAGGUCCGAAAAGUCAAGCAGGAUGUCAUCAAGAAAGACCUAUGGGACGCCCUGGAGGCCGAAAACUUCAGUUUUCGCUCACUCCUGACCUUGGAGAACCUGAAUAUCCUCGAGAAGUUCCUCUGGCCGACCUAUACGGAAGAUGCCUCCAACUACCAUGUGUUGCUCAUAGCCCUCGUUGUGAGCGUUAAACACCGUGAACAUCUGCCGAUAUGGGAUAUCUUUUCCGACCGACCGGACGACUUCGCAAACCUCUUCCAUCGAAUCCUGUCCAUGAGCAUUGAUCAGUCGCUUGCAACAUCUACGCGCUUGUCGAUAGUAUCGUUUAUAAUUAGCGCGUUUCAGUCCCUCGAGAACGUCCUGAUUAGAAAAGAAUGCGCGCCCUUGGUUUCCAUCUCGAUCUGGCAUAAUCUUUCGACCGACGAGGCAAGAGAACGGGUGUUGGCAAAAGGAACAAACUUAAAAAAGGCAUGGAGGGCCGCGGCGAAGCGAUAUGAUGCGGGAGAUGAUGCUUCGAAGGCUAAGAUGCGGUUCGAACGCUCAUGGCUCUAUACGAUGCUUCUCGACUUCCUGCGGAGAUUGCAUGGUUCCGAGACCGACCAAGCAGAAAAUCUCCGGUACUGCGAGCGCUUCUCAGAGUUUCUGGUUGAUCUGCUAAGCCAGCUUCCGACGAGACGCUAUGUCAAUACGCUGUUGAAGGACUUGAACCUUCUAUCCGUCAUCCGCUUGUCCCAGCUGUAUCGGACCGCCGAGAAUGCGCUUUUCCGCGAUUUCUACAACCUUCUGAACCAUUUCAUGAACUUUGCGAUUGAUGAUUACACGGGAGAGGCUCUGUCGCCUCAGGCAAUUUACGAAUCACACUGCCAGGCUCUUGCGCAUCUCCAGAGAACCGCCAUGAAACAUUUCAAGGACAAACUCAUGAUUCUUGCCUUGUCUAAUUAUGGCUCGAUCGAACAGCGUUCGGAACUAGAGGGACAGUUGUCUUCGUUAGAAGAGCAAGAGCUCGAAGCCUUGUGCACUCACCUGGGAUUCCGGACAUCCUAUCCGAAACAGUCGCAGGUCACUCCCACCCGGCACCUAUUUCUGGAGAUCCUCUUGUCCUUUUAUGAAAAGAAGAUUCCGUUCCAGGAAGCUGUCUCCCAAAUCAGUAUUGUUCCGACAGAAGAAAACCUCUAUGAUUCCUCGUUACUUCGGAACGAAACCUACGACGGAUCUCGGCCGCUUGCGAUCCCCAAGUUGAACCUCCAGUAUCUCAGUCUCGGUGAUUUCCUGUGGCGGUCCUUCCUUCUUUAUCGCUCUGAGGCUUUCUUCCAGAUUCGCAAGGACAUGGAGUCGAUCAUCAAGCGCAUGCAACCUCGAGCCAGCCGGGAUGGUAAGAGCUUGACGUUCGACGGUUUUUCGCGCAUGGCUAUCCCCAUCACGAAACCCGCCAUCGUCGAAGUUGCGCCAGCGAAGGUUGGCUCUGCUAACCCUGCGUUUGUGAGAGCCGAGAUCGCCAUCGAAGUCGGCAGGCUUGCAGACCAUAUUCGCAGGGAGUGGGAGUCUCUUCGCCCGGACGACGUGGUUUUUCUCCUCGCCGUGCAGCCUAGUAGCGCGAACAAGUUCGGACAACGAGACACCAGCGAGAGCCCUAGUCUCACACAUCUACGAACAGCAGAAAUUGUCCAGGUCCUUGAUGAGAAUGGCCGUCCACUACGGGAGCCUGUCUCCAGCCAGGCUAACGGACAUCGAUCAAGACCCCGCGUUCGCCGACUGCUGGUCAAUCUGGACGCUGCUGCCUUCAAGGCGGACAAAGACCGCACUGCCAUGGGAAAGCCAGAUAUCUACCCAUUUAUCAACGUGAUUGCGCGAAGGAAGGGAAGAGAGAACAACUUCAAGUCCAUUCUCGAAACUAUGCAAAGGCUCAUUGUCUCGGACAUCGCACUCCCUUCGUGGAUUCAGGAUAUCUUUUUGGGAUACGGAGACCCCGCUAGUGCUCGGUACACGGAGUUGCCUAACCGUCUCAAGUCGGUCGACUUCCGAGAUACCUUCUUAAACUGGCAACAUCUGGUUGAGAGCUUCCCUGGGAUGACGAUUGAGCCAGCUGGAGAGGAGAACUCAAGCUUUGGGCCGCCAUAUGUGUUAGAAUACGUUGAAGAGGCUCCUAAGCCGCCACCCACGAAUCAGUCGAAAAAGCGCAGAAGAGAUCAGGUGGAAAAAGAACGAACAGGACCUAGCACCCUGCGUGUCUCGACCUACAAGCCUCCUAAUCCUGGUCCUUAUCCUAUUGAUGCUCCGAAGCUCAAUAGUAUCCGGUUCACCCCAGCCCAGGUGGAAGCCAUCGCAUCUGGGACGCAACCCGGUCUAACCGUCAUUGUCGGGCCUCCAGGAACCGGCAAGACAGACGUUGUCACCCAGAUCAUCAACAAUAUUUACCACGAUUUCCCGAGUGAACGCACCCUGCUUGUUGCGCACAGUAAUCAGGCUUUGAAUCAACUGUUCCAGAAAAUCGUCGCGUUAGACAUUGAUGAACGCCACCUCCUGCGACUGGGUCACGGUGAAGAAGAGCUUGACACGGAGUCGAGCUAUAGCAAGUAUGGUCGGGUGGAAUCGUUCCUCGACAACCGCAAUUUCUACCUCUCGGAAGUUAUGCGACUGGCAGCGUCAAUCGGGGCACAAGGCGCCCACGGCAACUCGUGCGAGACUGCUGGAUACUUCAAUACUGUCUAUAUUCAGCCUGCGUGGGCGAAGUUCUGGGACGUAGCUCGCGCUGAGAACAGUACCGCCGAAAGUAUUGUCGCGGCCUUCCCAUUCCAUUCCUACUUCUCCACCGCUCCCCAACCUGUGUUCGAUCCAUCGGCAACGAAAGAGGCCGUGAUCGAUACGGCCGAGGGCUGCCAGCGACACAUUGCCAAGAUCUUCUCAGAGCUGGAGGACAUCCGACCAUUUGAGAUCCUCCGGCAACCGAAAGACAAAGCCAACUAUCUUCUUGUCAAAGAAGCCAGAAUCAUUGCGAUGACGUCGACGCACGCUGCUAUGCGUCGCCAGGAAAUUGCCGAUUUGGGUUUCCAUUACGACAAUGUUGUCAUGGAGGAAGCGGCGCAAGUCACGGAGAUUGAGAGCUUCAUCCCUUCCGCUCUUCAAAACAUGAAGAACGGCGAGCUUCCCUUGAAACGCAUGGUCCUUUGCGGUGAUCACCUCCAAAACUCCCCGAUCAUCCAGAAUCUUGCAUUCCGACAGUAUGCACACUUCGAACAAAGUUUGUUCCUCCGGCUAGUGAGACUCGGUGUGCCUGUUAUCACACUUGACCAGCAGGGUCGUUGUAGGCAGAGCAUCGCAGAACUAUUCCGGUGGCGAUACAAACAACUGGGUGAUCUGCCGGUCGUUGAAAGUGUGGAAGAGUUCAAGAAAGCCAACUCUGGAUUCCAGUUUGACUACCAGUUUAUCAACGUCCCCGACUACCAGGGUGUUGGAGAAAGAGAGCCCACGCCUCAUUUCAUCCAGAACCUGGGUGAGGCCGAGUACGCUGUUGCUAUCUACCAGUACAUGCGCCUUCUCGGCUACCCGGCUUCCAAGAUCAGCAUCCUCGCUACCUACGCGGGCCAGACGGCCCUGAUCAAGGAUGUCUUGAGCCAUCGCUGCGCCAAGAACUCGCUAUUCGGCAUGCCCAAGAUCGUGACAACUGUGGACAAAUACCAAGGCGAACAGAACGACUGUACGUACUUUCCCCGUCUAUCCUCUUGGUGA